AUGGGAAGCUGCUGCUGCUCAUCAGCCUAUGUGAGCUUAAGCUGCAAUGAGACAAUGGAGAGAGACAGGGUUAGAAAAGGUUAUGUCCCAAUUCUGGUGGGGAAAGAAAUGGGAGACAUGGAGAAGCUAUGGAUACCCAUCAAGCUCCUCAGCCAUCCAAGAAUUGUUGCACUUCUCAGAAGGUCAGCCCAUGAAUUUGGGUUUCAACAACAAGGCUUGCUUAAGAUUAAACAUGAUGUUCAUCUUUUUAAAGUCACGAUUACGUACUAA